UGUGUUCAACUAAUCAUCGUGGUAAUAAUGAUAAUGAAGACGAUGAUUUUGAGACCCCUGCUGCUCCUUCUAAACAGGGAAGCAUUAGAAGGAUCUGCUCACAGGCGAAGCAAACUGUUAAAUCUAUUAAGGCCGGCAAGAGAAAGGCCGAGAAUGCCAAUGAAAACAGUAAAAGAAAAAGAAAAAGACGAAGGUUCCUGCUCUAGCCGAAAAGAAGGUUGGUGAGUACUAUCUAGAAGCUGAUGAACAUUUCCAAACCAUGAUUAGUUUCCAUACAAACACAGAGAUUGUCAGCAUUCUGAAGCAAUACUUGACUGAAACACAACAACAAAUGUUUCGGGAUAGUUGUUUUGGCUACUUCUUCGAGUUGCCUCCAUUCAACAAUCAGAAUCAACUCAUAUAUAUUUUUUUACUGAAAGAAAUUGCCUCUGAUUGUGAAAAAGAGAUAUGGAUUAAACUCAAUGCAUGGUAAUACCUUGCGGUUCGGCAUCAGAGAAUAUGCUUUGGUUACUGGGUCGAAGUGUUACGAAGAUGAUAACACUGUGUAUGAUGAGCCAGAAGUCAACAGGUUACUGAAAGAGUAUUUUCCCAGAUAUGGAAAAGAAUCAAUAACAAGGGAGAGUUUGCUUGAUCACUUCAAGCAAAAGGGUUGGAAGUCAGAUGAGGAUGCGCUCAAAAUGGCCAUACUAGUAUUCAUCCACCAUUUCCUUUUCUCUGAUGCUAAUAAGCAUAGCAUAUUAAAAAAGGAUUUUGAUAUAGUUGAGAGUGGUCAGUGUCAGAGGUAUGCAUGGGGCAUAAAAGUAUUUGAAGACAUGUUCAGAACAAUUAUGGAUAAAUUGCGUGCCAAGUUGAUGAUGUACAGGCUCGGAGGUUUGCCACUUGCAUUCCAAGUAUGGUUUUAUGAGUGCUGCUCCACGGUUGACAAAACUCUUCUUGUGUUGUCAAUAGUGUGCAACACAUCCUUAACUGGAAAGUCAAAGAAGAUCUGAUGCUUGUGGACCUAACUAGUGGGAAACUCAUGACUAGUAUUUACCAGG